AUGGGGUGCUGCUCGGCGGAACUGGUAUACGGAACAACAGUUCGCCUUCCAGGAGAGUUCUUCCCGGACAGUAAAGACGCAAACGCCCAGGGAAACACCGACUAUGCCCUGCGACUGCAGGACAUCAUGAGCAAGCUACGCGCUGUCCCUCCGCGUCCGCCAGCAGUGCGGCUUGUUCACGUGCACCGUGAUCUCUCCUCUUGCUCUCACGUGUUUGUGAGGAACGAAGCCGUACAGCGUCCACUCUGGCCCUCGUAUGAUGGGCCGUUCAAGGUGGUGAAAGGUGGAGGCAAGCACAUUACGAUCGAUAGAGGUGGCCGUCACGACGUGGUUAUGCUCGACCGCGUAAAACCAGCACACGUGGACUGCGAUAGCGAAGUACCUGCAACACCUCGAGCUCCAUCACCACAAGGACCCCCAGCAGGCCCGACCAAAAGGCCAAACAGGCCGUCGAAAGGCUCACGUGGAGUGGACGUUGUACAAGACCUCCGUUGCGCAUGA